AAAAUCAGUUGUAGCAACACCAGCGCGUCUAUUGUCAAAGUGGUUGUUUAUCAUUGAAUAAAUUGUAUACGAAAAGAAAACUAAUCAUUUUCUGAUCAAUGUUAUUUAAAUCCAAUAAUUUGUAAUAAUGUCGGAAGAAGACGAAGCUUACUGCCGGUUAUGCGCUGAACUGACGCCAACAGAGACCCUUAUAUCACCAGACGACGAUGUUGGGAUCAACUCGAAAAUAUCAAUGAAAUUGUUAUGGAUAAAUGUCGAUGUUUCUACAUCAGAUGCUCUGCCAAGCAGCAUUUGUUUCUCAUGUUUCGACUCCUUAGAGCGUACGUGGUCCUUUUUACAUAACGCAAGGGCCGCUCAAGCGAAACUGAACGAGAUAUUUCAUAAGAAAAACGACAAAGGAAUAUCACAACCAGAAACGAAAAUAAACGCUUGUGAAAGUGGCAAACCGGUGAACGUCGACUGGGAAGAGUUUGAAGUCAAGAGAGAAGUAAAACCGGAAAGUUUCAGUGAGCUACAUGGUGUUGUAACAGUAGACCCUAACACUCUGAUCGAUUUAGACUUGGUCAAUGUAAAGGCUGAGAGGCAUAGCGAAAAUAGUGAUGGGUUUAACAUCGAAAGUGAUGCGCCGCUACAUCGCAAGGCCGAAAAACGAAGCGAGGAAUCAGAUUUCAACACAACAGAUAGUGAUGCACCACUGCAGUUGUCAGUUAAAAAGAAAAAGAUUAAGAAGAAAAAGAAAAUUAAGCUUGAUUCUGAUGUUGAGUGCAUCACUAAUGAUUCUCCUCGGAUGACCUGGGAUGAUUAUAUGUGCCGGUGUGCUGUCUGUGAUGCACAAUGCAUGAAUGUUAUGUCUCUACGCUUACAUGCGUUACAAAUACACACGCAGUGCUGUACAUUCAAAUGUUUAGACUGCAGUAAAGUUAUAAAUAAUUAUAAAACUUUUGUCAAUCAUGUACGGACGCAUAAGAAGUCUUUGCGGUACUGCUGUGAGAUAUGCAACAAGAGCUACACGAUGGAAUCUUUCUUGAAGAAACAUAGAAACACAUUCCACGCUAACUCGUAUCUUACUACAUGUCAGAACUGCGGUGCAUCGUUUGAGUCCGAGGAACAAUUGCAAGAUCAUUUAGUUUUAUACACCAGGCAGUAUAGGAAACGCAUGCAAAGAACCAUAAAAUGUGAGAAAGGAGACUUUGAUUUGAAAUGUGAACAUUGUAACAAAGAGUUUAAAACCCGUAGUAACUUACAACAACACCGCCUCGUACACACUGAACGUAGUAGAGACUUCUCCUGUCAUGUCUGCGGUAAAAUGUUCUUUACAAAGGGCACUUUAAGCACCCACAUGAUGACUCAUGAUGAUACGAGACCGUUUAAAUGCGAAUUCUGUCCGCUAGCUUUCCGUGCUAGGGGCAACCUACAAUCUCACAUCAGUCUUCACUCCGGUGCUAAACCAUUUGUAUGUGAACAGUGCGGUAAAAGUUUCAGAGCUAAAAGACACUUGAAAUCACAUUCUAUCGUUCAUACGGACUUAAUGCCAUACUCGUGUCAGUAUUGCAACAAAACUUUUAGAUUUAAAACCCGUUUAAAUCUCCAUUUAAGACAACACACCGGUGCCAAGCCCUACAAAUGUAUAUUCUGUCAACGUGACUUUACCAAUGGGUCUAAUUUUAAGAAGCAUAUGAAACGUAGACAUAAUGUUGAUACAUCUAAGAAGAAAUAUAAUAAUGUUGUACGGAAUGAUGGUAGUAUUGAGGGCAGUGACGUUGAUACAAAUCAGACAGGUUAGCAUAAACUUAUAUUUUCAAAAUGGUAUAAUCUUUUUGUAUAGUAUUUGUUAAAUUAAUUAUACUUGUAUUUCUUAUUUUUUUAAGCUUCAAGUAAUCUGAAAAUAGUUUUUUUUAUACACAGAUCUAAAUAUGUUUCACUGAUCUAAAAAAACCUAAAUCCAUUAUGGGAUACUGUCAGAUGUAAAACAUCGAAAAAUUAUGAAAUAAAAAUAAAAAUCAAAUCAAUUUUCAAAUAUAUUAUUGUAUUGGGUCGACAAGCAAAACUACGAUUGCUUAUUAACUGUAAAUAUAUUGUGAAAAAUACAUGAAAACGUUGCCUCAAAAAGCCUCUUUUGCUUAACCUUGAAGCAAGUUAAUGUUAUAAUACCAUUACGCACAUGAAUUCGAAAAGACCGAGACUGGGAUUCGAACUUACGACCAUUGGUUUGGCAGUCCAAUGGUUAUACCAAUACCAGGGCCGGAUUUAGGGAGGGCAACCGGGGCGAAAGCCCGGGGCCUCCACAAUAAAGACUUCAGAAAAAAAAUCCUAGUAAACCUAGUAAAAAUCUUUUCCUUUGAUAUUUUUUUUCGCUUUUACCUUUACAGCCAUUUUUACCUACAAAAUUGUUCAUUUUAUUUGGGAAAUAAUUUGCGGCAAGGGGGCCUCCACUCCGUUGUUGGCCCGAGGCCUCUGGACCCCUAAAUCCGGCCCUGUCCACUGUACCCCUCUUGAUACGCAUUGAUUUCACAAAAGUUCGUAUAUGACUGAUUUAAACUUAUAAAUAGUUAGACUAUCUUAUAUUUAUUCCGCUAUAUUUUAAUUUUUAUGUUUAGGUAAUUGUAAACCUUGUAAAUAUGUUACGUUAAAGUUUUGUUAUAUUGUAAAUAGCUAUUUUAAUUCUUUGGCUGCGUUUUCAUCGGAUAUGUCCAGCGAAAGCUGUUUUUAAGAGAGUCGAAUAAGGUCGUCCGUCGCUCACUGCAUCAUAAGAAGUUUUGAUGCGAGAGAAGAAACAACGCUACAAGAAACCGCGGGCUUGCUCCCAAAACGUGGUUAAUUUUAUUCUGCUUUUGAUUUUGAUUUCGUUGACGAUUCGGUCCUGAAAUGGUAAUUUAAACCGUGACCAGGUAACGGUUCAAUGUCGUAUUUAACUAAAUCUAAUAAAAAUAUAUUUAUUCCAUCAGAUUUCCAAAAAAAAAAAUUUAUACCUAUUUUUCGUUUUAUUAAAAAGUAAGGAGAUAAAAAGCACUUAUGGUGAGGGGAAAUAAAUAAAAUCACUUCCAGGUACAAAAGCGUACUGGUAAGUGAAGUCACACAAGAUUUCAAAUUACUGUAUCCAUCAUUCCCAUGAACAAUCAUUUUUCGUUACGAAAUUAAAUAAAAAAAAUACGUUUCCAAUAUAUUUUGGACAUCUGUCUGAAGGACUUUACAGUUUUUUUUUUACAGAUGUUGUUUUGGGUACAUUGUUCUCAAUUCGUUUGAAACCGCUCGAUAUGAUGAAGUGAUUCUUCUAGUUCUUCAAUACACAACCCUAGCUCCAAAUCUGAUGGAAACGCAGCCCAAAGGCGUACCUAUAAUGAAUUGUAGAUAAAUAAAUUUAUUAUUUUAUUA